AUGCGUGCGUGUGUCUCACGACCGAAGGCGUCACACGUUGGAAUGAAUCGUGAAAGCGUGCCGGGAGGAGUGCGUGGGGCCAUACCCCUCGCGGCCAAGCCAGCGGCGGUGGCAAAGACUGUCGAUAGCAAUACUCCUGCGGCUCCACCCACGACGCCGUUUCCCUCUGCACACCUGCCCCCCGCGGAAGCUGCAUCCACAUUUUACUUUGUCGUCUUCUUGUGUAACCGCUCUCCCAUUUUCCACUCGAACCGCAUUCCGCAGUGCGAGGACACGCCCCCGUAUACACCCGGUGAUCUUGUCUACUUUGGACCCGCAGAGGAAGUGGCGCAACAGAAGCUGCAGGAGUUGGCGUUUCCACUUGGAUUUGGGUGCAAGAGCUCCUUCACGCGCAAUGGCCCCCUCUGGAGCUCUCGUCUGGAGUGUGUGCGAACGCGGGAUAAGGUACGGUACCAUAGGAUGAUUAUUGUAUCCACCUUUGUCGUGUCCGUCGCCGUAGAAAGUGGUGAGUUGUGGACGAUGCAAACAAAAUACGCUGCUGUGGCGUUGGUUGUCACGUGCCCAGCGGAUAAGCCCUACCAUCGGUUUUUAGUGGACAACUUCACAAGCGUUGUGCGAAACUUGCUGCAUACCGUCCUCAACUUUGCAAUGAAGGCGACACAGCUCUUUUUUUUAAGGCUUUCCCCAACCACCGCAGUAGGAAAGUUGGUCACGGAGUUGGAGCGAGGCUCUCAGGCGUUACAGACACACCGGACGUUGGGGUCAAUUCUUGUCAAUGCCUUUGCACACGAGCAUGCUAUCCCACGCCUGCACAGCCGCCUCGUUAACGUGAAUGUCCCCGAUUUUUUUUGUGCCUUCACCAGAAAACUGUCUUGCGCCACAGAUUUCAUUGAGAAUUUGUUGAGUGGCGCGUUGCAUGGUUUGUGUUGUUUCAGUGAGUCCUUCACAAGCCGUGUCAUUGCCGGCCUGCUGUCGCUGUCGAAUUGGGAACGAUGGGGCUCUGGUCAAGCCAACGUGGAAGCACGGCAACCGCGACACAACGUCGAGGAGGGCGCAGAGACGGUUGACAACUAUGGUAACUACUGGAGACACAUGGAGAGGGCAGAGAGGAGUAGUAGUGGUAGUAGCUGCGGUGGCAACAAUAAUAAUACGUAUGGGGCUUUGUCCCUUGUAUUGGAACGGUGCAAAAGUGUCGGCAAGAACAACAAUAACAGUACCAUCAGUUGUGUUGACACUGAAAGCAUUUCUGUUACUGCUGGGACCCAACGUUUGGAUAGGUUAGACUUUAAUUCAGUUUCGAGGACUGACUCCGCACCUUCCACGGCAGCGCGUAGCACGGUUACUACUACCGAUGUCGCUUGUUCGCUUUCAUCACAACGUGUAGGACGUGUAGUGAUUUUUGGUACGGAUCCAGAGCUGGCACGGUGUUUACUUAUCCUGGCGGCCUUUUUUUUCCGAGACUAUUGUACCACUGUGGGUACGUCAAGUUGUCAGUGCGACGAAGCGCCUUUUGCGGGGAAGGUGCUUUCAUGCGCCUACCCUUCCUUUCCGGUGCAGUGGGUUAUGGAGGAGUACGAUGAGGCACGUGUGGAGCGAUUACUUUUCUCCCCAUACUCUGUAGAUAAUCUAGUGUUGAUUAUUUCACCACGUGGUGAGGUCUGCAAUCGCAUGCGUCUGGAGAAGCGGUUUAGCCUCAUUCCUAUUUUGGUGGAGAAGUUCAAAGAAAACUUUCAACCUGUGUGUCCCUUUCAGCAACGCACUCUCAGUGUCGUGAGGAUGCUUCCCGACAAGAUGAUAACUUCCGCGAUACGCAAGGCUCAGCGGAUGCGAAAGAAGAGUUGUGGGGCCGUGAGCUGUGUCGUGUUUUUUGAAUCGUUUAUGUUGAGGCUUGUGCGACAAAGCCAGCUAUGUUACCUGCAGCAGCAGUGCGUUGAGGCGGAGGCGCCGACAGCGUCGCUUUUUUCGACGUCGUCGCUCCUUUCGACGCCCCCGAGAAGCGCAGGUUCCUCACACGCCAUUUGCGUUGGGUCUCAUAUGUCGAGGUUUUUUUCGUUUUUUGGCCGGAAAGACGGUGACGCCGUCCAUCUCUGCAGCCGUCCGCGUUGCUCUUCUGCAGACGCGCCCCCGCACUAG